AUGCUUGUUCAAAUCCCAUUGACGAAGUUGCGUAACAAAGAAGCGGUGAACAAAAUGGAAGUCACCAGCAUUGACCCACUGUUGAGUGUUGGACAAAAACGAAGAAUCGCCAUGUUCUAUCGUCAAGAGGAGGCAAAAAGAACACGGUACAACCCCGAGCCCUCAUGGGAACUUCCAACUACAAUUCAAGCCACUCGAAGACCCUCGGCCACAGGGAUGACAUGGGAUGACUUUUUAAAACAAUGGGUAAGAGGAUCGGAGGAAGCUCACAAUAUCACCCCCACAGAGCCUCAAGAGAAAGCAGCAUCGUCUGGAUCCAGCAGUUUAAGCGAAACCGAGUCUGAAACCAUCACCAGAACGAUCAAGCAGAUGAUCGAUAAGCACCCAGGAACAUCGGAGGAAGUUAGGAAGAGUAUCUUAGAAGCAAAACAGUAUCUAAAAGAUUUCGAGAACAUUUCCAAGGCUCGAAUUCGAAGAUUAAUAUACAGGGAAAAGAGCCAACGGAUCAAGACAGCUCAACGCCAACGCCACCCAUAA